UUCAAAUAUUAGCACAAAGGCAUUUUUACUGAUAUUAAACUGAACUUUUAAAGUUUAACAUUAAAAAAAUCACACACACACCCACAUACACACAACUAUAAAAAUUUAUUAUUUAACCCAACGAAUAUAAUUUUGCAAUGUCCUUCUAUGUUUAUAUAUUUACAGAUUUUUUUGUUUUGUGUUUCGUUAUCCCCCUGAACAUGUUAUCAUCUGAAUUAGAUUUAUGUUCAUUAUUUAACCAAUCAUAAAGUAACACGCUUGUAUUGUGCCCAACACAUAACAUCACUUAAUUGUAUUUUAUAAGUGUGCAGACAGAUAAUGUAGAAUAAUAUAUGUGUAUAUGUAUUAUUCGCAAAAUAUCAUUGAAAUAAUAAAUUGAAAUCUAUGCGCAUAAAUAUUUACUUUCCCCUUUUGUUCAACUAAUGAUCCUGUUGCCUACCUAGUGUAGAACCACGCAAAAACACACAUAAAUGCAUGCUUACACUGUAUCAUAAACUAUAGUUCAAAAUGUCUGGACAACUAAACAUUUAUUAAAACAUUUGGAAACAUUAUUCAUAUUCGGUGAAAAAUGCGAUAAAUGUAACAUAUUACCCUAUCAUCUACAGAUUGUAUAACAUUUUACAAGAAUGAAUAUCAUUAUGUUAACAAUAUAUAUGUAGACGUAUACACACACAUGGGUGAUAAAAUUUACAGUGGCAGUAGAAGUAAGUGUUGUAGACAAAUCAACACACAUAUAACAACGCAUUCUUAUGUAUACUAUUAAGUAAAUUGUGUUUCUUUGGCACAAAAAUUGAAAGUGAUUCCUAAGUAGUAUAAGAAAUAGAAAGAAAAUAACUCAUAGUAUUUGAUUCACUUUUAUUUCUACUUAUCUAUCUAUAUAGUUCAUUUCAUCUUUAUCUCUUAUUCAUAUACAUUUAAAUGUGUACAUAAAUCCAAACAAACAAUCUCAAUUGUAUAUUUUCCUAACUAAAGUGAUAGGGAUGUAUACAUGUUACACAUAAAAAUUAACAUUCCAUUAACCUGGAAUCGAAGUCUAAUUUCUCAGUCAUAAAAAAAGUGUCUCACUAAAGAAAACAAAUAAUAAAAAAAUAGAAGUAAAUAGCCAACUGUUGUACAAUAACAGCAGACAAAAUUAGUCUACACUACUUAUACAAAAUGUAAUCUGUGUACAUGUUUGUUUUUUUAAUGUAUGAAUGUUUUGUGCACAAAAAUUCAUUUAUUUAUCCAGAAACCAAAAAAAGUAUAUUCAUAUUACUGUGAUAAUGUCUAUCAUCUUGUAACAAAUAUAAGAAUAACAAUUAUACUAACUAGUCAGUAUGCUUAUCAAUUACAAUAUACUACUAUUAAUACUACUAUUAAUAACACUAUAAAAAGUAUAAUGUCAGUCAUACUUAUAUAUAUAUAUAUAUAUAUAUAUAUAUAUAUAUAUAUAUACACGUUUGAUAAUUUAAACUGUGACUUAUUGUUGACCUGUAUGAAUUUCAUAACAAAGAAAUAAUUUAACAUAUAUAUUCAAUUAUAACUAUUAUUGGUGGAAGUUACGUAAUCAUUUCCUCUUCUUGUUCAUACGUACAAGAACAAGUUCCAGGUCUUUAUCAAAAAAAGAAGAAAAUAAACAACUACAUAACCUUCAUUUAGUCUUCAUGAAAUAAAGAAAAAAGAAAGAAAACAAACAAAUACGAAUUUAUUAUGCAUUUUGUUACAAAGUUUAAUUAUUUAUUAAUUAUAAUAGAUCAACUAUUUAUCUUAUCUAAACAAAAAUCCAAAUUUUUUGGAAUUAUCUUAUCAUUAUUAUUAUUUCAAUUAAUUAUUAGUUUAAUGAAUCCAGUUCAUGGAAUAAAAUGGUUAGGUAUAUACAGAUUACCAAAAAGUGCAGAUCAUCCAGUGGAUUCAACAGCUGAUCGAUUUACUCCAGAUGAAUGUCAAAAAGCUGCUAAUAAAUUAGGUCUUCGAAGAAGACAAGCACGAUUUUGUAUGCACCCACGUUUUGGUUAUGCAAUGCUUGCUGUACUUAGAGCUGCACAUGCUGUAGGAUAUCACUGCCCAAAAACAUUUUCAGAUAGACGAUGGAAUUGUACUUCUAUACAUCAACUACCGCAUGUAUCACCAGAGUUAAGAAGAGGUACACGUGAACAAGCAAUUGUACAUGCAUUUGCAAGUUCUGUAUUAUUAUUUGAAAUUGGACGAUAUUGUGCAUUGAAUAAAAUUCGAUAUUGUUCUUGUGGUGAUGAAGAUGGCAGUUAUGCUACACCAAAUUAUCCUUCAUCUCAUCUAUAUAAAAAUAACAAUAAUAAUUUACUUAGACAACAAACUUUGUACAAUGAUAAUAAUAAUGCAUUAGUAUAUAAUUCCGAUGGUCAUUCAAUAAAUUCCAUUGAUACAUCUAAAUCAAACAAUAUACCAAUGACAGAUGGUCAACCAACAGUUAGUAAGUUUUAUUGGGCUGGUUGUUCUGAUAAUUUACGUACAGCUAAAGAAUAUACAUCAUUAUUUCUUGGUUUUCCAAAUGUGCAUGUAAUGCUACCUCCACCAAUGGAAACAGAUAAUCCUAAUUUAGAUUCAAUACAAGAUAUGAAUAAUCAAAAUCGUUAUAAAAGAUCAACAUACUCUUCACAUGUUACAGAAAGUAAUUAUGAUACAACAGAAAUAUCUGAUAUGUUUAGUCUGUUUCAAAAUCAAAUCAAUGUUAAUGAGAAUGUAGAUGAUAGAGUUAGAGAAGAAGAUCCAGAAGAAGAAAUUGAAGAAAAUGAAGGAGAGGAUGACAGUGAAAUAGAUGAUUCAAAAUUAUUCCAUUUACAACAUGAAUAUACAGAUAGACGACGUCGUAAUCUGCAUAAAACAUGGUCAUAUCAAUCUACAGCACAAACCAACAAAUAUCCAUCAUACAGUUCAGCACAACAAAUGUAUGAUUUAAUAGAUGAUAAUGAUGAAAGAUUACCACGUCAUGCUAGAUCAAAACAAGGUAGAAAGAAAUAUUUAUUACGUAGUCUAAAUCGUCAUAAUUAUCUAGCAGGCGUAGUAUUAAUGGAAGCUAAUCAAAAACUAGUAUGUAAAUGUCAUGGAGUUAGUGGUAGUUGUGCUCAACGUGUUUGUUUUCGUCAACUUCGACGAAUCGAUACAGAAAUAAUGCAAAAAGCAUUAAAAAUGAGAUACUUAGCAGCCAAACAGGUUUCAGAAGGCAAAAAUGGUGAAUUAAUCGCCAAAACAUUUAUUGGUAACGGAUUUAUCGAUGAGGUAGUAAAACCUGGAGAAUUGGUAUUUAGUGAACAUUCACCAGAUUAUUGUAAUGUAGAACCGCAAAGAGGUUCUGUUGGUACACGAGAUAGAAUUUGUACAUUGAAGGAUACGGGGACAUCAAAUUGUGUGAAUAUGUGUUGUGGCCGUGGUUACAGAAAUGUGACCAAACGAGAAAUUGUUCAAUGCAACUGUCGAAUGGCCAACGGAUUCAAGGUACAAUGUGAUGAAUGUAAUGUUGAAACUGUAACUCAGAGAUGUUUAUGAAUGCACUUAGCAACUUGAUGGGUGUUAAAUGCAGAAGAAAAUUCUCCAGGGUCAUAAAUUAAACCAGCUAGAACAAUUUCAAGAUAGCAGGCUAUUUAUGUGGUGUACACAUCUUAUGUUUUUAAUUUCCUUAAAAAUACUAUACUACUUAAAAAUUGUAAGUAACUAAUUAUGAAACCCUUAUUAUUUAGACCAUAUCACUAACGGUUAUGUACAUAUUUCUUUCAAACUAUGCAUGCUAAGCCAAAUCCAUGUUACUUAUUGUGCUAAAAAAUACGCCAACUAAAUUUUAUGUUUUGUGAACAUAUGUGACAACAGACAACCGUAAAUUAUAUAUUC